UUGCAGCUAAUCGAACACAAACGCACAAAUAGAGACACCACUCUCGCUCUGCUGCUACACACAGCGGGUGAGGGCGAGGAGACCAGUUCCCGGGAGCAGGCACGCGGGGGCACAGACACACUCACUCGCACACACGCACACACGCACACGCCAGCCUGCGGGCUUGGCCAGAGCCCUGAAGUCGCAGAUCCCACUUGGAAAUCGCCAGAGGCGCUGGGAGAAGUGGAGGAGCUUAGCUCCCAGACACUAAUUACUACUUCCCCGGCACUCGGGCGAAGAAAUGAAGCCCGCCCAGCUGUUCGCCACAUCCAGGUCUCCUUUCUGUUUCGGUGUUCACAGUCAUCUCCCUGAAAGUCAGAUCCAGGGAGAAGGCAAGCGGGCAGCCAGUUGAGGACUCCGAACUGUGCCGCUCGCUCCCAAGCCGGUCCAACCUGAGCCCGCCAAAGGUUCCUCGCUCCAGCCAGACUCCACCAGAUCGCAGCCCCAGGCGACUAAGUCAGUGACAGGUUUAAAUGUUUCUUUGGCCACUUGACUACUGAACACAAAAUGAAUAACUCAACUAACUCCUCGAACAAUGGUUUGGCUAUUACCAGUCCUUACAAGACAUUUGAAGUGGUAUUUAUUGUCCUUGUGGCUGGAUCCCUCAGUCUGGUGACCAUCAUUGGGAACAUUCUAGUCAUGGUUUCCAUUAAAGUCAACCGCCACCUUCAGACUGUCAACAAUUACUUCUUGUUCAGCCUGGCCUGUGCUGACCUCAUCAUAGGUGUUUUCUCCAUGAACUUGUAUACCCUCUACACUGUGAUUGGCUACUGGCCUUUGGGACCUGUAGUAUGCGACCUUUGGCUAGCCUUGGACUAUGUUGUCAGCAAUGCCUCCGUUAUGAAUCUUCUCAUCAUCAGCUUUGAUAGAUACUUCUGUGUCACAAAACCUCUGACCUACCCAGUUAAGCGGACCACAAAAAUGGCAGGCAUGAUGAUUGCAGCUGCGUGGGUUCUUUCCUUCAUCCUAUGGGCCCCAGCCAUUCUCUUCUGGCAGUUUAUCGUAGGGGUAAGGACUGUGGAGGACGGGGAAUGCUACAUUCAGUUCUUUUCCAACGCUGCGGUCACCUUUGGCACUGCCAUUGCGGCUUUCUAUCUGCCUGUCAUCAUCAUGACGGUGCUCUAUUGGCACAUAUCCCGAGCGAGCAAGAGCAGAAUAAAGAAGGAAAAGAAGGAACCUGCGGCCAACCAAGACCCGGUAUCUCCGAGUCUAGUUCAAGGAAGAAUUGUAAAGCCAAACAACAACAACAUGCCUGGUGGUGAUGGUGGCCUGGAACACAACAAGAUCCAGAAUGGCAAGGCUCCGCGGGACGGCGGGACUGAAAACUGCGUUCAGGGGGAGGAGAAAGAAAGCUCCAACGACUCCACGUCUGUCAGUGCUGUGGCCUCCAACAUGAGAGAUGAUGAGAUAACCCAGGAUGAAAACACAGUUUCCACUUCCCUGGGCCACUCCAAAGAUGACAACUCUAGGCAGACAUGCAUCAAAAUUGUCACCAAGACCCAAAAGGGUGACGCAUGCACACCAACAAGUACCACCGUAGAACUAGUUGGAUCGUCGGGUCAGAAUGGGGAUGAAAAGCAGAACAUUGUAGCCCGCAAAAUUGUGAAGAUGACCAAGCAGCCUGCCAAAAAGAAGCCUCCUCCAUCCCGGGAGAAGAAAGUGACCAGGACAAUCUUGGCUAUCCUGUUGGCUUUCAUCAUCACGUGGGCGCCAUACAAUGUCAUGGUGCUCAUCAAUACCUUCUGUGCACCCUGCAUCCCCAAUACAGUGUGGACAAUUGGCUACUGGCUCUGUUACAUUAAUAGCACCAUCAAUCCUGCCUGCUAUGCACUUUGUAACGCCACCUUCAAAAAGACUUUUAAGCACCUCCUUAUGUGUCAUUACAAGAACAUAGGCGCUACAAGGUAAAAGACCUUUUCCAAAGAAGAAAUGCGGUGGUUGAGUGUGUCUUGGGGAAGAACAGGCACAGGAAAGCUGUGUUUAUAGUGAUCUGCCCUUGCACUUUACAAUCUUACUACAAUGUGCAAUUAAGGAGUUUUAGAGAGACACUCUUAUUGUGCUGAUGCUCCAGCUUGAAAAAUAAAUAACCUUCACCGUAUAAACCCUGUCAGUUUAGGCACACUGAGACAAUGAAAGAGACAUGCUGAAAUUGCAGAUCUAAGGAAAAAUCUCUACUGUCUCCUGCUCUCUUGAAGAAGGGCUUCAGAAUCUACAAUUUCAUGACUCUGCACAAGAAGACCAACCUUGUUAGUUUGUUGUUUCUUUCUGUUAUUCCCCUGGGUGGCGAUGAGAAAGAAAUGGCACAUUCCAUGCUAACACAGGGACCUAAACAUAAAGAAGCAGGCACGAUAUGAGAGAUAAGAAGAAAGAAAAUCAAAUAGGAUGCAGCGAUGGUAUGCAGAGCCCUGAACUUAUUCCCGGCUAUGCUGUGCACUGAUCUGAAGGGUUUUAAUGGAAUCACUGUUUAUUUCUUCUCUCUUCUCCUUCCCCAUCAUUGAAAAGCAAGAAAGCAAAACAGCAAAAGCCCAACUAGGCCAUACUAUUUUUUUCUACUAUUUUUGUAGUUCCUGGUUUUAUAUUGAAUAUGGAUAGUAUCUGCAGGACUUCUAAAUCUGGCCAGAGUCACCCAUGAAAAUGGCCACUCCGCCACUCCCCACUGUGUCCAUGCAUUCUUUGAUGGUGUACAACCUGUAAGGAUUUCACUCACUUGAGUUCCUUUGUGUGGAAGAAUUUUACCCAUAUGACUUUCUUCUCAACUAAUCCAUGUUAACAAUGUAGUCUGCCUAAGACAUAAAUAUGCUUGGGAAACCAAAGUCAUUUAAACUUAAUUUUUAAUCACAUUAGAAAAUGAUCAGUGUAGUUGGAGAAAGUUCACUGAGGCCAGGUGAAGUUUGAGAUGAGAAGACAGAAGGUCAGAAGGGCGAUCUGUUUGAACUUGAACCUGCCCGACCUGUGUGCACAAUGUUAAUGUGUACAAAAUGAACUCCUGACUUUGUCAGCAGGAAUAUGAUGCUGGUUUGCUCAUUUGGAGGCUCAAUUAGUUUACUGUGUCAACACCAAGAGGAAAAGACCUUAUAUUCAAUGUCUGUUAACAGAUGGUACUCAAGUUAUAUUCAAAUGAAGUUUUCUAUAAUCAUACUAAGACAUGGGGUGGGGAAAUGGGUCAUGCACAAAUAUUUACUAAUACUACCUGUUCCAUGUUCUUCCAGUUGUUGUCAAAUAUCUGUAAGAUUAUAUUAGUUCAAAAUUCACUAAUCAGGAGUUAUAUUAAUCUUUGUGGCUUAAAUAUAAUGAAAAAACAAACAGAGGCAAGAUAUGCCUGCAGAAUCUGAUGGAAGAGUACAUGUGAUUCUUGCCAUGCCAUUUCCCACAGUCUAAUAUAACCACAAAUAGCUGUCACAAAAAUGAUUAUUAAAGAGUAACACUAAACAUAUAAUGUGAGUAUAGGAAAUCCACACUUGCCACUCGAAAAUAAAUGCAGAAUUACACCAAUCUACAUUAACUAGUUAUAUUUUUGUCGUCAUAUAAUUUCUUCCAUUAUAUGUUACAGUAUUCCAAACAGAUUUUCUAAGUGGGGGCCUAAUGGAUAGGAAUUAAAGUUAUACAUUGUUAUAAAUUUCAGAUCUUCACUGAUGUGCUUUGAUUCCUCCUCGGCCAUCCCAUGAGUAUUACAAGGUUCAUGAGCGUGAAGUCCUAAGACUUACCAGAGUUCUUUUGUCUGACUGUGGAUGUGAGGAGCAUCUUAGCAAGUGGGUGAUAAAGGGUAGGACAGGAGCAAGAGCAGCAUUGUAAGCUAAGAAGAAGCAAGUUGCUAACAAUAUAUGCAUUUAUCCUUUAGGAACAGAACUUACUGUUUGAGUAAUUUUAGUUAGUUUUAACCUCAAAAUCUCCUAUCUGGAAACAUGGAAUCCGUUCAGGUUAAUUUAGUCUAUAAUUAGUUGAUGUAGUUCUCUUAGUUCAGAAUUGCUAAAAUGUAAAUUUUGAAAUUUAAGAUCACUUUUUUUUAUUUUUGUGUUGUUUCUUCAACAAAUUGAGUGAAGCAGACUUCACUCCAAUCGAUGUCUUGGUUUCCUGUAAGAAAUGUUAUCAAUCUGUAUUAUAUACUAUGUGAUGCAGACAUGGCCACCAUUGGGAGGCCAGAAUUCAUUCUGUUUGCUUUAAGCCCAGUCUACCAUGAACUAAUCUUUGUCUUGUUCUACUGUAAUCUUUCCUUGAUUCUUUCUGUGCCUAGUUAUUUGCCAUAGCUACCACAACUUAAAAGAGACACUGUCAAGUUCAAGAAGAAAAUGAAGGUAGUCUAACAUACUAUGGAAAUUUUCCAAAAAAAUAAGAAAAAAAGGGAAGGACAUUGGCAUGUUUGGAGGGAGAAUGUAUUCAAAGAUCUUUCUUUACUGUUGCUAGUUUGCUUUUUUUUUUUUUUUUUUUUUUUUUUUUUUUUUUUUUUUUUUUUUUUUUUUAUGNCUCUCAUGCAGAGGCAAUUUCUACCCUAUGGAUAUUUAGUGAUAAGUAAGGCCACUUUGAUUGUCACAACAUGGGAUAGGCAUUUGUUUCUAAUAAGAAGGAGUUUUGAAUGCACAAGCUAUGCUCCCCCCCCCCACCCCACCCCCAAUGAUUUGGCUCAAAAAGGCAAUGAUACCAGGACUGAGAAAGACUAGUUUAUAUGAAGGGAUUUCUGGAGCUUCCCUUCUUAAUCCUUCAUCAUUUAAACAAACAACAAAAAAGAAAAGAUUAAUGCAGCAAAGCUCACUCACUCAUCGGCUAACAUAAAUUCUCCUGCACUAAUUAAGAUUUGGAAUUUACAGAUAAGAGCACAGACCACACCUAUUGAAAUGAGCAGCUUCCACACACCUAGAGCACGGCGGCUUAACCAAUGCCUGGUUAUGGAAUCACAGCCCCUACUCAAGAGGCUGUGGCUUUGUCCAUGAACAUCACUGCUUCUAGUCUGAUCAGUUUUCUGCUGGAAAUAUCAUUUCUUUUCCUUUCAAACUAAUGAAGAGCCCUUUAAAGAAACAGUAUGACUCAUCUUCUCUGCUUUCACUAGAACUGUCAGAAGCUGUCAAGCCUUUAUGUUUUUUUUUUUUCCUCCUCAUAGCAAUAAUGUAAAUAUCCCAGAGUGGGAUUACAAAAAGAGAAGAUUAAGAAUAUAAAAAAGAGGAGCCAGCUCAUUUCUAGAUAAAUGAUUGCCUCUUGACCAAGUCAUGAUUACGUUAAUGGCAUAUCCCAAGUAUUGAGACAAGGUCACCAAUAUAGUAAGCUACAAAGGAUAAGAUAAACCAUGUGACUUGAUAUAUGGUAUCCUGAAUCGCACUUCCUUCUGCUUUUUGCUUACUUGAUGCUGUUUGAUCCUGCAGAGAUGAUGGCAUGAGAGGAGAUUAGAUUUCAAAAUGAUACCAAUAGUUAUUUACCAAUGCAGCUAACUUUUAUUUUCUUGUACUUAGUUCAUCAACUGUUGCUCCCCUUUCCAAUUUGAUAUCUUCACCAACAACCAUGACACUGGUAUCACAAAUAGAGUAGGAAGGCACCCACAGCUGGGUGAGACAUGUAUCCUCAGCAUGUAUAUACAAUGCCAUGCCUCUCCAAUAGGCUUCUCUUAAAAGGGUGCACGCUGUAGCAUGAACUCUGUGUAUAAUUAAUAUACCUUCCCAUGAUAUGCUGUA